AUGGCGUCUUCUGAGGAUCCAGUACAUCCUUUGCGCAUCAGCAAAGGCAGCAGCACUACGGGAUCUCCCCCUCCUACCAAAGCAAACACCGGCAUCCCUCGCCCCCUUUCCGAGCUCUCUCCUUCAGACCACAGACGGAACUCACCGAGCUGGAAGCAGCCUUCCAAGAAAAUGACCCUCAACACCGAUUCCUCUCCAUUCCAGUCAUCCCCGCUAGAGACCACUACGUCCCCUAGACUGUUUUGGCAGAAGCGCAACCUGGACUCCAUCAGCACCGAGAACAGUGGGUUAUACGGCGGCGCACGUCACGGCUCGCCUUCGCCAACCCGACGCACCUCUAUUGAACGUCUCCAGAGAGCCUCGCGCGUCAAGAACAGUAACAUCCUCGCUCUCGAGCAGAAGCAGGAAUACGAUCCCACAAAAGUCCCUCAGAUCGAGCGUCCCCUCGCUAAGCAUUCGGGACCCUCGUAUGACGGAACAACAACCAUUAUCAAUGGCCUCCGAUCCUCUGAUUCACUGAACAGAGGCCUCGGUCACCAACGCAACAACAGCAAGUCGAGUAUCCCCAUCUACAGCCCGGCACCGAGCCCAACAAAGGCUUCCACACCAAUGCAAGCCAACCCGUCCAACCCGCCGCGCAGCCCGGGCAAAGACCAAGGAUCCCCUAUCAAGUCGUCCCUCUCAAGAAGCAACUUCAAGAGCAGCUUUGACCCCGAGACCGGCACUUGGUCGGCAGACAAUUCUUUCGACGAUCGCGAGCUUCCUUCUGGAAAGUCGCUUCAUCGCCACGCCAAGAGCGUCACUUUCGACGCGGCUCCUCCUCAAAUCAACGAGUAUGAGAUGGCCACGCCAGAUAUCUCUUCCAUAGGAUCCAACUCGCGCGAGGGCAGCUUCGAGUCCAUGGAAGACGAGGAUGACGAGGAGGGACACUACCAUUUUGGCGAUCACGAUAUCGAGGGCGAUAGCUUCGAUGCGUCGCUGGAGGACACAGACAAGACUCCUGUCGUCGGCCCUGAUGACUGGAGACAAUCUACCGAGCGCAUGGAAGAUCCGUUCGAUGGCAGCCCUAUGCCAGAUGCACCUCCUCCUCGUCUUGGUCACGCGGAACACAUUCGAUCUGACUCGUCUACCUCGGACCACCGCCCUCUGCCUCCUCUUCCCGGCAUAGGCUCACCGGCCCGCGGCUCACCAGCCUUCAGCGACUCUCGGUCUUCCCCCGGCCUGUCUGCAACUGCUGAGAGAAUGGUGGGUACCCACCGCAGCUUGCCGCCGCCGCCUCCGGCAGUUGCAAGCAAAAAUGAAAUCCAGAGCAUUGGCAAUGGCAAGAUGACUCUCGAAGAGAGACUGAAGCUUAUGAUGCUCUCGGAUGAUCACAAAUCUGCCAAUGAGCAGCAGAGGGAGCGAAGACUUCGUCGUGGCGCUCAGCGUGAUAAAAUCCAGAGCCCAUCAUCCGAUACCGAGACGGCGGACUCUAGCAUGAUCUCCGCCGAUGCAGACGAGGCUGACGAUACCAUUGGAGAUAUCUCUGCUCUCGAGGACUACGAGCUGCCCACUCGUAUCACCCGCGAAUCCAUCAUGCGUCGCGUCAAUGGCGGUGGCAAUGAACAGGGAGGCGACUAUUUCUCCUCCCCCGCGCCCAGCUCUAGCCCCGAGCGACCCAGUCCUGAGCGUCGUCUGCCCCUGCCUCUCGACCCGGAUGUCCCGAUUCCUUCAACGGAGGACUCCAUUCUGGAUGACAUCUCUGAGCUUAGCGACGAGGGCAGUGUCAUUAUUCACAGAGACGAGGCUUCGGAUGCCGACACUGAGUCUAUCACAGACUUUUAUGCGCGGUCUGACAUUGACGAGAACGAUGCCGAUUCUGCCAGUCAUUACUCUGACGGACCGGCACGACAGCCCGAAGUCACGCAGGUCAACGAGGACAUCCUCACACCUUGUGCUGCUAGUCCCUUCCAGUCAUUUGACUUGGCCUCAGAGAUAAGACCUUUGGAGCUCAAGUCUGACAAGGCUUUCAGCCCACCCGAGCAAAGAGCUGAGUCUCCGGCUGGCCUCUCAGCGAGGGAGCUGACAACCGAGGCGAAGGCUGACGAGGUUGUCGAGCCUACAAGCGAGCCCCAAGAUGAGGCUCGCGUGCAGUCUCAACCCGAACCCGAGGUCGAUAGGGAACCAUCGCCGGAGAUGCAAGUUGAUGCACCCGUCGACGUCACCUCUGAGCGCAAGCACAGCCUCCCUGAACUCCGGGGUGAGGGCAGAGACAACGAAUUCUCCAAGGGUAUGCAGUCGUUCAUGCUUCCUCCACCCCCCGAGCCGUCUGCCCAAGAAGUCGAAGAACUUCAGCCACCGCCAAAGAUGACAGACUUCCAGGCUGAGAUGCAGCGGCCCACGACCCCGAAGCACCUCUCUAAACCUGAUUACGACGGCUCCGGCUGGGGCGAUCCAGAGGAUGAGGAGUAUGAAGACGAGCCCGGUACGCCCGAGUCUGUCAUUCAUCGACCCAUGUCCGAUUCUGAAUCAGAAAUCUUCGAUGAGCCUCCCUUGGAAUCUCCUGCUAUCCCCGAGAGACAGGCAACAAUCAAAGCCUCGGGAUCCAAGCUAAAGACCAGACCCUCCAACACACCCUCUGACAUCAUUGCCAUGAGGGAAGCCCGGCGCCAAGUUAGUCGCGAGGUGCCCGACAUUCCAGCCAUUCCCGAACGCCACCGCAACAGGCUCUCAAGGGAUUUGCAGGGAGAACCCACUAUCCACGAUGACGAAGAGUUCGUCGACCGCCGCUCGAGCUUCAAGAAGCGCAGCCUCACAUUGGAUCUUGACUUUGGCCUCAGCCUUGAUCAGGAUUUCGAUCGGGUCAUUGAACAACAAAAGGUUGCUUUUUCUCAACAAGUACUUGAAUCUCCUAGUAUCGCAAGUGGUAGUACCAGCAGACAAGCGUCUAAGCCGACCGCAACCACGAGCAAAGUCAUUUCAGCAGAGAAAGUGUUACAGAAUGCUAACCAGAAAAACCAGCGCGGUUACCUCAUGCGCCAAAACACCAAGGUUGUUACAGCGAGCGACAAGGAGUCUUCUGAUAUGUGGAAGACUCGAUCCGCUGGUAACUCCCCCGUCAAGACAGACCGCCCUCAGUCAUGGACCGUCGAACCCUGGAACGGUAGACCCAGGCAGAAGAGCAUCAGACGCCGCGCCAACACUAGUGGUCCUGUCCCGCCCAUGCCCGGACAGGAGAGCAACGCUCAGAUUCUGAACCCCUUGGCCGAGGAAGACCUGAACCCUGAGCUUGCAACCGAGGAAAGCGGCGAGCGCGGUCGCCUCUUUGUCAAGGUUCUUGGAGUCAAGGACCUCGACCUGCCUAUGCCCCGAACCGAGCGAACCUGGUUCAGCUUGACGCUUGACAACGGUGUUCACUGUGUCACGACAGCCUGGCUUGAGCUUGCUCGCAAUGCUCCUGUCGGUCAGGAGUUUGAGCUUGUGGUACCCAACGACCUGGAGUUCCAGCUGACCCUCAACGUGAAGCUGGAGAAGCCCGCACCUGCAAAGAAGGUGAUCGUGCAGUCUCCUACUAAGGCUAGCAAGCCCAAGACGUCUACCUUUAGCAGGGUGUUUGCGUCCCCCAAGAAGCGCAAGGAGAUGGAGAUGCGCCAGCGCGAAGAGGAGGAGCGGGUGGCCGCUGAGCAGCAAAAGGCGGCCCAGGCUAGACAGAUGAAGGUUGCGCCUACCGCUUGGGACUUGUUGUCUCCGCUUGCGGCUGAGGAUGGCAGCUUUGCUCGCUCGUAUGUGUGCCUCAAGGAGCAUGAGUCACGCUGUUACGGUCGCCCCUACGUCGUCGACGUCGCUUGCUUCAACGAGUGGGCGACUGAAGAGGCUACUUUCGCCUCGAGCGUCAAGAGCAAGCGUGGCAACACUGCUGUUGUUCGCCGUGCUCCCUACAAGAUUGGAAAGUUGGAGCUUCAGUUGCUCUUCGUGCCGCGUCCCAAGGGAUCCACCGAGGAGGACAUGCCCAAGAGCAUGAACUCCUGUAUCCGAGAGCUUAAGGCUGCUGAAGAGCGCCUUGCCAAGAACUGGGAAGGUCACCUGAGCCAGCAGGGUGGCGACUGCCCUUACUGGCGUCGAAGAUACUUCAAGCUUGUCGGCCAGAAGCUCACGGCCUACCAUGAGGCUACCCGUCAACCUCGGGCCACGAUCAACCUGGCUAAUGCCAAGAGGCUGAUUGACGACCGGCGCGCCCUGACGGAACGGGAGACGACCGGCAAGGGCGGCAGACGUCGGCGAUCAGCAUUUGCUGAGGAAGAAGAAGGAUACAUGUUCGUUGAGGAGGGCUUCCGCAUCCGCUUCAACAACGGCGAGACCAUUGACUUCUACGCCGACACUGCUGAAGACAAGCAAGGCUGGUUGUUGGCCCUUACCGACCUCAUCGGCACUCGUGGCGACGGCGAGGACGAUGUUGGUGGUUCUCGCAAGCAGGGCAAAUGGUGCGAGCUCAUUCUCAAGAGGGAGGAGGCGCUGCGACGCCGGCAAGAGGGCCGACGGGUGCACUCGCGGACGAAGAGCACAUUCAACUAA